GUUCAUGUUUAUACUUGUUUACCAUUUCGUGCCAUAUCUCGUGCUUGGGGAUGGAUGAAUAAUUUAACUGUGCCAGAAUAUCUUAGAUCCCCACUGUUUACGCUAUACAGCAAAGCUUUUGGGUGCAAUUUGGAUGAGAUGCUCGAGCCUGAUCUGAAUACCUACCCCAACUUGGCUGAAUUCUUUUAUCGUGAACUCAAGGCUGGCACUCGCCCCAUCGCUGGUCCAGAGAAAGCCAUUCCAGCUGAUGGUCGUAUCCUUCAUUUCGGACCCGUCGAUUCCAAUGGCUGCAUUGAGCAAGUCAAAGGUAUUUCAUAUCCAGUCAAGGCUCUUCUUGGUCCAUCUGCUUUGUUUGCCGAUUCACAGUCUAUAUCGCCAUCAAAAGGAAACUCUUUUUUCCAAAUCGUCAUUUAUCUUGCACCAGGAGAUUACCACAGGUUCCAUUCUCCAGUAGAUUGGACUGUUUCUAAUGUGCGCCAUUUUGCCGCUGACCUGUUUUCUGUAUCCCCAAAACUUGCAGCUAAAAUGGGGAAUCUAUUUGCUGUUAAUGAGCGUGUGGUUAUGGUAGGCACAUGGAAAUAUGGAUCUUUUUUCAUGAUCCCUGUUGGUGCAACCAAUGUUGGCUCAAUCCGCAUCAACAUGUGUCCAAAUUUGAUCACCAAUGUUCCAGAGAAUCAGCUUGCUUUAGGAAUGUAUGAUCAUAAAGUUGAUAAAAGCUUUAUUACUCGCGGUGACGAAGUUGGCGGGUUUCGUUUGGGAAGCACUGUGGUGUUGGUAUUUGAAGCCCCUUCAUCAUUUCAGUUUUCAGUAGAAGCUGGCCAAACUAUUCGUGUAGGUCAGUCGCUAGGAAGAUGA